UCUGGAUGGAUUGAUGAAAGCUUCCUGGAGGAGGUGGCAGUUGGGCUGGGCCUGGGACAGUAGGUGGGAAAGUGAAUGUGCUUUGUGGGCUGAGCUCUUCAGAAGGAGGGGCCCAGGCUUGGGAUCAGUCAGACUCCCGGCUCCAGCUCUGCUCUGCCUGUCCCUUGCUGGCUGUAAGACCUGGGGUGAGUUGGCUAAUUCUCUGGGUCUCGUUUUCCUCAUCAAUAAAACAGAGGUAAGGGGGCCUCCUUUAUGAGUUGCUGUGAGGAUUCAGUGAGAAAAUACAUGCUAAACCCUUAGCUUAGCAGCAUCUGGAGCUCCUCAUGUGUUGGCUGUUGUCAACCUCAUUGACUCCAUCCUUUCUGCAAGCCCCCGGGGAAGGUGUAGGGGACAAGGCGGAAGCAGUUGAGGCCCCUGUCCCGCGGCUCUGGCACCCUCUGGGGGAAGAUAAGACCCAGAUCCUGACUGCUGCAAAGCAAGGUGUUGGGAGGAGGCAGCAGGCCCCAUGUGAUGGGUCCUGGGCUGGGUGCUGGGCCACCCUGGGUUCGAAUCCCAGCUCUGCCUCUGCCUAGCUGUACCACCUAAGUCACUUCACCUCUCUGAGCCCGCUUCUCCUCUAACAUGGAGAUGAGGGGACUGCUGACCUCCUGGCUGCUGUUAAUGAAGCCAGGGCCUGGCAUGGGGCAUGUGGUGAGCACGCCCUGGUGAAAACUCUGACUAAAACAAAUAAUAUGCCAAGUGAUGAGGUUAUUAAGCGGUGUAGAUAAAACACUGAUGAUCUGGGGAUUGAGCGUGUAGAAAGGAUAGGAGACAGAGACGGGUUCCGGGUGGAAGGAUGUGCGCAAACCCACGGCAGAGGCUGGAACUCGCAGGGCAGGUGUGGCACCACGAGCCGCUGGACUCCCUCUGACGGCUGCUGAGGGCGCAGGGAGCAGGUGAGCGAGCUCUCGGGCAGACCCUGACGUCAGGGACCCUGAAUGCCAGGAUGAGGACUUGCUGCUUGGUCCCCCAUGUCCUGGAGAGGAGGAGAGAGGCCCGACACAGAGUGGAGCCAGGCGGGAGGAAGAUGGAUCUGGCAGCGUGGGGUGGGUAGAUUGUCGGGGGAGAGACUGGGGGCGGAGAGACCAUUUAAAAGGCUGUUGCGAAAUCGGUUUUCCUGAUAAAGAGCUAGGCUGAGUCAUCUGUGGAGGAGAGAAGUCAUAUCCAGCUCCUCCGCGUUGCCGUCAACGUGGGAUUUUCCUCUUUGUCAGCUAGUCGAUUGGCUGCCUUUCGCGGAGGCUUUGAGAAGCAAGGCCGGCUCAGCAUCCGGAGGGAAGCUGGGCUGCAGGGAGGACCCAGCCGGACGCUGGGCCGGAGCACUAGCCUCACCGAGAAGGAUCUAAAAGAGGCCAAGGCGAGGAGCCAGCAGAUCGCAGCCCAGCUGACCACCCCUCCCAGCUCCAACUCCCGCGGCGUCCAGCUCUUCAACAGGCGCCGGCAGAGGGUGAACGAGUUCACCUUGGAGAGCCACGGCCAGAGGGGACAGAAGCCCGGCCAGGAGUCCCUCAGGGUGCCCCCCGCCAGCCCCACAGGCCAUGCCCCAGGGCUCAGCCUGAGUCCCACCUCCCUCCCUGAACCAGGCCCUCCGAGAAACCCCGCCUGCCAGAGCGCUGACACAGGGGUCCCUGGUCACAGCAUGGAGGGCUCCUCAGAGGAAGCCAACUUGCUGCGGCACCUGGAGAAGGUGGCCAGUGAGGAAGAGGAGGUACCACUGGUGGUUUAUUUAAAGGAGAACGCGGCCCUGCUGACGGCCAAUGGGCUCCACCUGUCCCAGAACCGAGAAGCCCAGCAGACACCCCCAACUCCACCUCCGGCCGAGGUCCACAGCCCAGCCACAGAUGCCAGCCAAAACCCUCCCUCACCCGGCGCCACGCUCAUCACGCCAGCUUCCAACAGCAACCACAACCUGCCAGCCACAGAUGUCGAUCAGAACCCACCGGCAACUGUCCCCCCACAGAGCCUGCCACUGUCCAGCGUCCAACAGAAUUCUUCACAGGCACAGCUCCCGCCGAAGGGUGCAGUGCCAGAUUUCAAACCCAGCACCCAGUGUGCUGGUGGGCAACCCCAGGAGCCAGCUGUGGAGGUGAGAUCCAGCACCCUACUAAUUGACAAGGUAUCGGCUCCACCUACCACCACCAGCACCUUCUCCAGAGAAGUGACUCCCAUCUCCAGCUCCAGGCCCCCAGCCCCAGAUUUCAUGUCCAGCUCCCUGCUCAUUGAUAUCCAGCUUGGUGCCCCAGUGGCGUCCACAGAACAAGAGAUUUCCGGGCGGGCAGCUGCCACCACGCCCACCAAACUGUACAGCGAGGUCCACCUCACGCUGGCCAAGCCCCCAUCUGUGGUCAACAGGACGGCCAGGCCCUUUGGGAUUCAGGCACCGGGCGGCACGAGCCAGAUGGAACGAAGCCCCAUGGUAGAGAGACGACAUCUUGGAGAGAAGGGUCCCACUCCCCGGCCCCCCAGCGUGGCAGACAGGAGCCCUCGGCCACAGAGACACAUCAUGUCCCAUAGCCCCAUGCUGGAGAGGAGGCCCGUGGCACAGCGAAGCCCCGCCUUGGAGAGACGCCCCUUGGGGAACUUCACCCCGCCCCCAACCUAUGCCGAGACCUUGUCCACAGCCCCCCUGACUUCCCGGGUUAGGUCUCCCCCCUCUUACUCUGCCCUGUACCCCAGCUGCGACCCCAAGCCUUCUCAUCUAAAGGGCCAGGCAGUUCCUGCCAGCAAGACGGGCAUUUUGGAGGAGUCGAUGGCCCGCAGGGGCAGCCGGAAAUCCAUGUUCACCUUCGUGGAGAAGCCCAAGGUGACCCCGAAUCCGGACCUGCUGGAUCUGGUACAGACAGCGGACGAGAAGCGGAGGCAGAGGGACCAGGGGGAGAUGGGCGUGGAGGAGGAGCCCUUCGCGCUGGGGGCCGAGGCCUCCAACUUCCAGCAGGAGCCCGCACCCCGGGACAGGGCCAGCCCCGCAGGUGCCGAGGAGAUUGUCCCCGAGUGGGCCUCAUGCCUCAAGUCACCGCGUAUCCAGGCCAAGCCCAAGCCCAAACCCAACCAGAACCUCUCCGAGGCCUCUGGGAAGGGGGCCGAGCUCUACGCCCGCCGCCAGUCCCGCAUGGAGAAGUACGUCAUCGAGUCUUCGGGCCACGCGGAACGGGCCCGCUGCCCUUCACCCACCAUGUCCCUGCCUUCGUGCUGGAAGUACCCCACCCACGCGCCUGGCGGCUUCCGAGUGGCGUCCCGAAGCCCGGCUCGGACCCCGCCUGCCUCCCUCUAUCACGGCUACCUGCCUGAGAAUGGGGUCCUGCGCCCAGAGCCCUCCAGGCAGCCACCCUGCCAGCUGCGGCCCUCGCUCUUUGUCCUCUCACCCAUCAAGGAACCUGCCAAGUCCUCGCCCACAGCCGCCUCGCCUGCCAAGCCGAGCUCCCUGGACCUGGCGCCCAGCCUGCCCAAAGCAGCCCUCCCACCGUCGCCUGCCCUGCCUCGGCCCUCCCGCUCCUCCCCUGGCCAGGAUGGCCUCCAGCCCACUGCCGUGAGCCCUACCUACAGCAGUGAUGUCUCGCCCGUGUCUCCCUCCAGGGUGUGGUCUCCCCGAGCCAAGCAAGCCCCCAGGCCCUCCUUCUCCACCCGGAAUGCCGGGAUCGAGGCUCAGGACCGCCGAGAGAGCCUGCCCACCUCCCUGCCCUGGACGCCGGGCGCGUCCCGGCCCCCCAGCAGCCUGGACGGCUGGGUGAGCCCGGGGCCGUGGGAGCCGGGCCGCGGGAGCAGCUUGAGCAGCCCCCCGCCGCUGCCGCCGCCGCCGCCGCCGCCGCUACCGCCGCCGCCGCCCAUGUCCCCCUCGUGGAGCGAGCGCUCCGUAUCCCCUCUGCGACCUGAGACCGAGGCGCGGCCCCCAAGCCGCCAGCUGCAGGCACUCCUGGCGCGAAACAUCAUCAACGCGGCCCGGCGCAAGAGCGCCUCCCCGCGGCCGGCGGGCGCUGAGAGCCUUCGGCCCUUCUCCCCGCCGAGAGCGCUGCCACCGCCGCCACCGCCGCCGCCGCGCAUGCGCUCUCCCCUGCCGUCCCGACCCGGCCAGGCCGCGGACCCCGGGACAACGUUCGCUCCCAUCCCCCGGAGCCCACUGCCCGCCAGGCCCUCGCCCUGCGCUAGUCCCCGGAGCCCGCUGCCCGCGCGACCCAGGCCCUUCCCCUACCGCCGCUCGCCCACGGACUCCGAUGUGUCCCUCGACUCCGAGGACUCUGGGGCUAAGUCGCCCGGCAUCCUCGGCUACAACAUCUGUCCCCGCGGAUGGAACGGCAGCCUGAGGCUCAAGCGUGGCAACCUAUCCACGGAGGCCUCCUGCACCACCUAAAGGCUUCCCCGCCCACACCCCAUCCCUGCCCCGGGAGAGCCGAGCCAGAAGAAGUGUCGUGGGGCUUGGGAGCUCCCAGCACCAUGUCCCCAAGGGUCUGGCCUCUUUGAUAGCCCCAGAGAUAAGGGGUCAGGGGAGGAGAGCUCUGGGCUUGGGGGUGGGGUGGUGAUCCAAGCUUGGGUUCUAGCCCUUGCUCUGUCAUUCAGUCAUUGUGGGAAAGACCCUUCCUCUGCUCCUCAGCUUUCCCAUCUGUUUAAUAGAGCUUUGGCCAAGGCAAUCUCCAAACUUCUAAAUUACCCCUUCUAUCAGUACACACACACUAGUGCCUUGGAAGAGGCAGGGUGUUGUAUGUAUGGACCCCUAGACUUGCUGCAUUGCAGGGUUCCAUACUCUCCGCCCGCCCCCCCCCCCCCCCCUGCCCCCGAUCUCUGGAGUCUGGUAAAUGAGGGGUGUGUUCAGAGGAUCCUACGCCUGAGUUCCUUGUCCAGGCCCUGGCUUGACCAUCUGCCUCCCUGGCACCAAGUCCCAGGCAGGAGCAGCUGUUUUCCAUCCCUUCCCAGACAAGCUCUAUUUUUACCAUGGUGACCUUUAGAGAGGGUCUCCCAGGCCAGCUCAAGGUGCCCUGCUGGCUUCUCUGGAGAGAAGAGGAGGGAAGAUUCCUCCUCUCAGAUCCCUCUCAGGCUUUUUUCUCCAUCCCAAUCCAGGCUUCCCAGGGUCUCCAGAAAUGAUGCUAUAGGUGUCUCCAACCCAUCUAUCCCUUCCGGGCCCUUUCAUGGCAGGCUCUGGGCUCAAAGCUGAGCUGGGCAGAGAAGAGUUGAUACGGAGCUAUCUGUUAUCCUCUGGCUUUACCUGGUAGCCUUGAGUUUGAGGUUGCCCAUUUGGAAAGAGGGAGGCAAAGAGUUCUUUGUUAUGGGUGGUAUGCAAGCAGUGGCCAGGAUGCACAGAGGAGAUUCUAGUAGGGAAUGGACUGGCUCAGAUGACCUCUGGGGGCUCUUCCAGUCCUGAAAUGCAUUCCACAGUAUUAGGAAGGGAGGGAGAGUAGUGCUGGAGGAUUGGCUAGGGAGAUGAGCUUGGGUGGGUGAGUGAGGGGUUAGACCAGAGUCUGCCUGUGUUUCUGGUUCCUUAGGAAGUACUCCACUCUUCAGUUUCAGGCCCCAGCAUCCAUACUGUGCCCAGAUGAUGGGGCCCUGUUCUGCCUCAUCUCUUUCCCAUCACACUCUGGCCUAGCCAGUGUCUGGUGCCCAGUGACCUUGGGGAGCCUGGCUGCAGGCCCUAGCCUGUCCCUUAGGCUAUAGUGACUCUGAUUCCAAUCCCCAGGAGGGACACAGGGAGGAAUGUACCUCGGUCCUAUAGUUUCCAGAGUUGGCUGGUGGUGCCCUCUAGAGGUUCAGAAUAUCAGUUUCAGGAAACUAAGUGU